AUGAAACCAGAAAAUGAUGAUAUUGAUGAUGAUAUUUCUUUUGAUUCUGCUAAUGCAUUUAACCAUGUUCAAUCUGAACAUGAACCACUUUAUCCGGGGUUAUCAAAUAUGCCGGUCACUCUUAACAAAUCCUUAUUGUCAAAAUUGGAAAAAAAGCUUAAAGAAGAGGAGGCUGCCAAGUGCACAGUAUGGCUUCAAAGUGCUGAGGGAGACAUGAUAGAAUUAGAAUCUGAUCUUUGCUGGUUCUCCCCCAUAUUAUCCCAUUUAUUUAAUUGUGGAGUUGGGUUUUCAAGGAGCAACCCCAUUUGUCUACCUCCAAAAGUUGCAGAAGAGGGAAUGAAAUUGUUAAGAGAUUACUUUCGAUUCUUUAAUCAACCUAAUCGAUCUGCCGAGGAGUGCGAUUUGUUUGUUGAUGAAUUUGUGAAGAAGGACACACCGACUCUCCUAAAGUUGGGUCAUGCUGCCAAUUAUCUUCAAGUGGAAGGGGCACUGGAUACAAUCUGUGAUGCACUUGCUCAAAACAUUGGUGGCAACUCCCAGGGUCUGAAGAAAAAUUUCAUGAAUUAUUUUGAGAAGUGUGCAAAGGAACAAGUGCUCGAGCCUAAAAAAAAUUUGAAUGGUGAUUCGCGUAUUAGACUUUCAAAUAAACUGUUGGCAAAACAAAAGAAAGAGCUCAAAGGCCUACAUGAUGUAAAGAAAGGGGAGGGAAAAGACCAAGCUCAUAAGCAUGAAGAACGUUCAAUUGAUGACCUCAUUUCUUUUAUUAACCAGGGAGAUGGAGAUACCAAGGGAACUGGCACUUUGAAGCAAAAGAAGAAAAAGAACCGUAACAAAGGGAAGGAGAAAUUGAAAACUUCUUUUGAUAGUGUCAUCCCUUCAUCUGUAGCAUCAGCUACAAAAAAUGUCACUGACAAUGGUGAAGAGGUGAGCCAGGACAUACAUGCUUGUGCUUUUGCAAACCAUAGUGGUACAACUACUGAUUCAUUAAAUCUAUUGGGUACUCAAAUUGAGAGCUCUAAUGUUGAGGGUGACACCGAUGAUGAUAGGUUUGGCUAUUAA